AUGUUAUUGCCACUGAUAACUACUUCAUAUCUGCUUCUAUUAUUAUUGUCUCCAAUAUUUUCACAACUUGCUGAUCCAUUUGGUAAAGCUGUUUUUGACUGCAAUCGAAUACACCUGUCAUAUUGUUGUGCAUCCAGAAUUCGAAAUUCUUGUCAACAACGAUGUCAAAGUGUUGAAUGUGUUAACAGUGCGCCAAAUACCGGAGUGUUUUUGGGACCAAGACGAGAAGUUGAAACGUUUUCAAGAUGGCUGUCAAACUCUGGAGUCCUCGGUACGAAACACGAUGGCGAAGCUCUGAGCAAGACUCCACGAAGAGUAGAAGAAACAACAGAACCACUGGUUUACACUUCAACAGAAACACUUUCUCCAGUCACCCCAUUUCCGACGUUGAUACCUUUGUCUUUGCAGAACAGUGGCUCUAAGCAACCGGAUUCACCGCAUGUCUUUUUGGUUACGGCAUCUCUACCACAGGAGAUAACAACGGCAAAGCCAGAUAGCUCUCAAUCAAUCAUGAUUCCGCCACCCGGAUCACCAAAUGAAACUUUAGUAGCGUUAACUGCAUCGACGUCCAUUGAAAUGCCCCGCAGACGCACUAUCGUCGAUGGCGAUGCAAUGUUGAACAUCGACCCUCCAAAAAAAACAAUUAUGAAACCGUUAGAGGAAUUGUCGUCAAUUUUAGAAGCCGAAUUGCCAUAUGAAAACCUAAAAAGCUAUCCGUCAUGGUCCAUCCGUAUAGCCCCGCAUCAAAGUUCUUCGUUUACCGACGGAAACGUUGUUGUGGAACCAGAAAGCAAAGAAUUAAAAAAUGUUACAGCUAGUUCCUUAUCGCUUGGUUUUAGUUUUUCGUUUGAAAAGUGUUCUCGUGGACACACUCAGAAUAGAGCCAUUUCUAGAAUUGAGUAG